AUCCCGUUCAAAUCAAGAGCAGUGGCCACCUUUCCUGAUUGCCAUGAGACGUUAAAAAUAAAAAUUAAAAAACAAAACCCAAACGAUCAUUUUUCAUUUGAACAACGACAACAACAGCUCCUUACUUUUUAUCGCAUUAUUCAAAUCAUUAAAUUUUCCACUUAUUUGUUCAAAAAAACCCCAAAUUCCACUAAAAUUCCUCAAAUUAAUUUGAUUCUUGAGGCGAGUCGACUGUACCUGGUCUCAAAAUCAAGCUGAGCUGAAGCUCUGCUUGUGAUUCGUCAGUAAUUUAGGUUUCAAAAGUUUGAAAUCCGUUAAUUAUUAUUAUUAGGGUUAGGGUUUGAGUUUGUGUAGUUGAAUCUGUGAGAAAUGGGAAGUAGAAAGGAAGAAGAGAGAAAUGAGAAGAUAAUUAGAGGAUUAAUGAAGCUGCCUCCUAAUCGGCGAUGUAUCAACUGUAAUAGCAUGGGUCCUCAGUAUGUUUGUACUAAUUUCUGGACUUUCAUUUGUAUUACUUGCAGUGGCAUACAUCGGGAGUUCACUCACCGUGUGAAGUCCGUAUCCAUGUCCAAGUUCACAUCUCAAGAAGUUGAAGCACUACAAAACGGUGGUAAUCAGCGUGCAAGGGAAAUAUACUUGAAGGAUUGGGACCUACAAAGGCAGAGGUUACCGGAUAACAGCAAUGUUGACAAAGUGCGAGAAUUUAUAAAGGGUGUCUAUGUUGAUAAGAAAUACGCUAGUGGAAAGUGCAAUGAUAAGCCUCCUAGGGAUUUGCAGAGGCUCAGAAGCCACGAAGAUGAGACAAGGCGUGCCAGUUCUUAUCAUUCUUAUUCGCAAAGUCCCCCUUAUGACUAUCAGUAUGAAGAUCGACGGUAUGGAAAACAAGCUGGUGCGCUCACUCGAAAACCUGGUUCAGAUCGAGGCCUUUAUGUCGGGAAGAUGUCUAAUUUGAUAUCCAGUCCUACUCGCUUGAGUGAAAGACCGUUUGAGGACAGGUUUGCCAAUGAGGGCUCAGUUUCUAGGGUUUCAGACUACUCUGUGUCUAGUGGGGGAGAUGUAGGUACUUUAGAAUCUUGUAAUUUUCAGAAGGACAGCAGCACUUGUAGUCCUCCUAUUCAGACUCAUAGGAAAGUCUUAAGUGAAGAUAUAGAGCAUCAAAGACUAGAUCUCUUUUCAGAACCAGGUUUUAAGGGAGAGGCCGAAGGGAUUCCACAUCCACAGAGAAGUGCAUCUCUUGGAAGCAUCAAAUCGUUGGAUAGUACUUCUGUAUCUGCCAAGUCAGUUAAUUUCAGUAGCUUUGCAGAUUUUGUCUCAAAACCUGAGCAAGCUACUGGGAGUCACCAGGAUAAAGUGCCUUAUUUACAACAGAUAUCUGGUUCUGGGAGUUGUGGUAGUUUGGAUCUUUUUAAGACACCUGCUGUUCCAGAAGCAGAUGUUUCUUCAGGUGCGCCAAUUGAUUUGUUUCAAUUGCCUGUAGCAUCACCAGCACCACCUGUGAAUUUCUUUGCGGAAUCACCAUUAGUUCCAACUUCAUCUACUAAUGCAUACCAAACUACCCAAACUUCUCAAUACUCAUUUCAUGACCUCUUUGGUGAUACUGCUCUGCAGCAAUCAGUUAAUAGUAUGAACCAAACUUCACCAGAACCAUCAGUACCUAAAAAUGAAGGAUGGGCUACUUUUGAUACUCAAUUUACAGCAACUUUUGAUGCCCAGCCUACAGCAUCUGCGACUGCCACUGGAAAUAUUGCACCUCCAGUUAUACCUUCAAGCAUGUAUUCUACAGCAAAAUUUGACCAAGUUUCAUCAUUAGAUGGAAGUAUGCAAUGGCCCCAAUUUCAGAACUCUAGUGUCCAAGGGUCAGCAUCAGCCUCUGGUCCUUGGAACAAUGGUUUUCACGGUGUUCAAGCUCCUAAUAACACAAGUGCUCAGACAUGGAAUGCUUUUGGCAAUUCCGUUCCACACAUUCCUUUGGAGGGAACCACUCAAAAUAGCAUACAGCAAGCAGCAGUGUACAUGCCGUCAGCUGCUGACCAGAAUUUGGGCUUGAAGAUUUCAGAGAAUCAUAAUAGAGAUGGGACUCAAAGAGUUGCUUCUUAUGGACAAGUACAGUUCCCUGUUCUGGAUGGACAGUCAGAUGUUCUCCUGGAGCCAUCAUAUACUUCAGUGAAUUCUGGGAUGGAAGCAGCUCAUUCACAUGCAAGCAAUUACAAAUCAAAUAACCCAUUUGAUCUUCCAUAUGACAUGGAAUUGGAGCCAGGAAAUAUGUUCUUGGAUAUGAGCUCUUUGCAAGCUGCAUUGCCUGAUGCCCACUUGCAAUCAAGCUUUCUUGACGGCGUUAGUGAACCAUGGUUUUCUCAAGAACCCGUAACAAGUUAUGUCCCAGCUGCACCACAAGUUCUUGAUGAUGAUGUAGGUAGCUUGGCAUAUAUGGCAGGACAAGCCCCAAGCCCUCAAUUAACGAAUGUCCAAACGCAAGGACCGGUUGCUUCUGUUGGAGGAAAUCCAUUUGCAUAAUGAAUCAACCUUUAAAAAUAUUGGAUUAUUUAUGAGUUUGUGUUCAUUUUAGGUUAAUUGUAGCGAGUUGGUCAGUUCACCUAAGUUAAUCUUCUUAUUCUCAUUAUUCUUUGUAUUAUAAUUUCUGUUUGUAUUCUUUGUGAAAUAAAACCAUGCCACGUCUAAUCCGCAGCUAGCUAUUGAUGCCACAAAUUUUUAGUGCGAUUAUCAAGCUCUAUAUUAAUCAUGUUAUUACAUUUGAUUAUAAUACUGAAUGUUGUUGCAUCAAGUUUGCAAGUUUUUGAUUGUUGGUUAA